AGUCCUCCCCCCUCGCCUUCUCCACUUCCAUCUCCCUCCUCUCCCUCCCUCCCUCCUCCCUCCCUUCCUCCACAAGCGCACCACCUCGUCUCUCGCUUCCCCCUGCUUUCCAAUUCUCUUGGCCGCGUUUUCUCCAUUCGGGGUUUUUAUCGCACGCCAGAUGUCUUUUGAAGGGAGCGAGAGACACUCAUCGUUUCUUCACUGUGUCUACAUUUUCGUCUACAUUUUCAUGAUCCGCGGGAGGCUCUGCUGCACUGGGAAGAUCCUCUUUCGACACUGGACCUGACAGAUCGUUGUUUCCUUACAGUUUUUUCACGUUUCGGUUCUAGACGUUUUUUACAAAACCUUGGUGUACAUCUUCUGGAGAGAGGACUCCGGGGCUCUCAGUUUUUAGGAAUUAAGAAAAAUUAAUCUAGUUGGUGCUGCUUGUGGGGAGAAACUUUAUGGCUACAAGUGCCUCCGAAAUUUAGUUUGGUCUUCCGAUGGCGAUGGGAUCUCUUGGCCCGGGUUUCCGUUUUCACCCUAAUGAUGAUGAGCUGGUCCUUUAUUAUCUCAAGAAGAAAGUGCUGGGAAAGAGAUUUCUUAAUGAAGCAAUUGCGGAGGUUGAUAUAUAUAAUUUUCCUCCUUGGGCUCUUCCAGGUCAUGCUCGUUUGAGUAGAGAUCUGAAGUGGUAUUUCUUCUGUCCCCGUGAGAGGAAAUAUGCAACUGGCGCUAGAACAAAUCGAUCAACUGAUUAUGGGUUCUGGAAAACUACUGGAAAUGAUAGGCCUGUAAUUUACAACGGCAAAACUGUGGGAAAGAUAAGAAGCUUAAUUUUUCAUCGUACUAAGACAGAGCGAACGGAUUGGGUGAUGCAUGAGUAUAGGCUUGAGGAUGAGGAUUUGAAGACGAAAGGGGUGGCUCAGGACACAUUUGUAAUUUGCGAGAUCUUUGAGAAAGAUGGUCGUGGUCCAAGAAAUGGUGCCCAGUAUGGAGCACCCUUCAAUGAAGAAGAAUGGGAUGACGACGAAGAAGUUGAUGUCCCCUCUGCUAGCGGUUUCACUGGAGAAUUUAUUUUACCUGAUAUGCAGCAGCAUUCUGAGCGAUAUUGUGUAGGGUCCACAUCUAAUGCAUGCCCAGCUGGACCAUCUCAGAUGGCACCUUCUGUUGUCAAUGUGCCUCCACCAGCUCCUGCCAAUGACGUCACAAUGGCGGAUUUCAGAAUCUAUGAUGAAUAUCUUCAUUCAAAUGGGAUCUUUGGUGAUGAUAUCCCAGCAACGUCCUGUGAGAAUGACAGAGUUGAGGUUUGUAUCAGUUCUUUACUCUUCAUGACUAUCCUACUGAUAAUAAUUGCUUUAUUGUGCUAAUGCUUUGUUUAAGCA